AUGAACUCGGUCCACAUUCGACAUGGCUCCGUUCGGCAAGGCAAGUACGACGUCUACUGGAGCAAGGACAACGAGUGGGCCAUCAUCGACGAAGAAGAGGAAGAGGAGAACGAGCGCAGGCUGAAGGAGGCCUACCAUCGUCACAGCCUCAACACGCGAUACUUGACUGCCGGCCUCUUCGUCGUCCUGGUGCCCGCUAUGUGUGGUUUGCUAUGGUGCUGCCGAAUGAGGCGGCGCAUCUGA